GCUCCCGCCAUCAUGCCGCCCACCGAGACCUGCGAUGUGAGCGAGAUGAGGGUCCGCGUCCAGGAGCUGAUCAACACCCACUAUGUCCUGAUCUUCAGCAAGACCGUGUGUCCGUUCUGUGUGAAGGUUAAAGAACUGUUCGGGUCCCUGGAAGUUAAUUUCCAUGCAGUGGAGCUUGACGUAUUGGAGGAUGGAGCUGUGAUGCAGGCGAUGCUGCUUGAAUUGACUGGCCAGAAUACAGUACCAAAUGUGUUCAUUAACAAGAAACAUCUGGGUGGAUGUGAUAAAACCUUACAGGCUCAUGAAGACGGCCUGCUCAAAAGACUGCUAGAGGGAGGUGAGAUGUAUGAUUAUGACCUCAUAGUUAUAGGUGGUGGCUCUGGAGGACUUGCAGUUUCCAAGGAGGCAGCUUCUUAUGGAAGGAAGGUCUUGGUGUUAGACUAUGUUGUGCCAACACCUUCGGGUACCACAUGGGGGCUUGGUGGUACCUGUGUAAAUGUAGGCUGCAUUCCAAAGAAGCUGAUGCAUCAGGCAGCUCUCUUAGGAGAGGGAAUAAAUGAUUCUCAUAAAUUUGGUUGGGAGAUUAAUGAGCAGGUUAAACACAACUGGCUUAAGAUGACGGAAGCGAUCCAUACCUACAUAGGCUCUUUGAACUGGAGCUACAGAGUGUCAUUGCGAGAUAGUAAAGUAACUUAUAUUAAUGGCUAUGCAGAGUUUGUGGAACCGCACAAGAUACAGGUAACUACCAAGCGAUGUAAACUGAGUUAUCAUACAGCAGAGAGAUUUAUCAUAGCGACGGGUGAAAGGCCACGAUAUUUGAAUAUACCAGGCGAUAAAGAAUUUUGUAUUACUAGUGAUGACCUCUUCUCCCUGCCUUACCCCCCAGGGAAAACUCUGGUUGUGGGUGCUUCCUAUGUUGCACUGGAAUGUGCGGGGUUCCUUGCAAGCUUGGGGUAUGAUGUUACUGUUCUAGUGCGCUCCAUCCUUCUCCGAGGCUUUGACCAGGAAAUGGCUGAAAAAGUAGGCCAAUAUAUGGAACAUCACGGAGUGAAGUUCAUUAGGAAGUUUGUGCCAACUAAAAUUGAACAACUAGAGGCAGGAACUCCGGGAAGACUUUUAGUGAGUGCAAAGUCCACAGAAAACUUUGAUACCAUGGAAGCGGAAUUCAACACUGUAUUAGUAGCUGUGGGACGAGAUGCUUGCACCAAGCACAUUGGUCUGGACAAGAUUGGUGUUUUCAUCAAUCAAACUAAUGGAAAAAUCCCAGUGAAUGAUCAAGAACAGACCAACAUGCCACAUGUCUACGCUAUAGGUGAUGUCAUUGAUGGCAAGCUGGAGCUCACGCCCGUUGCAAUUCAGGCUGGGAAGCUGCUGGCCCACAGACUCUAUGGAGGCGCCAAUUUGAAGUGCGACUACGUCAAUGUUUGUACAACUGUGUUUACUCCAUUGGAAUAUGGUUGUUGUGGACUCACCGAGGACAAAGCAGUAGCGCUUUACGACGCGGAAAAUAUAGAGGUGUUUCAUAGCCUCUUCAAACCGCUGGAAUGGGCAAUCACAUCAAAGGAAAAUAAUGCCUGCUUUGCCAAGAUCAUCUGCAAUCUUCUCGACAAUAAUCGAGUGGUGGGAUUUCAUUUGCUUGGUCCAAAUGCAGGUGAAAUAACCCAAGGUUUUGGGGCUGCAAUAAAAUGUGGCAUCACAAAACAGCUGCUGGACACUGUCAUUGGUAUACACCCAACUUGUGCAGAAAUUUUCACCACGAUGGGAGUAACCAAACGAUCAGGUGCUAACAUUGCACAGAAAGGUUGCUGAGGUUAAACCCUGCUGUUGGAAACUGCUGCCCACUGCGUGCACUGCUUUUGUUCUGUGGCUGGUCUAACCAGCAUCUUGCUACACUCAGGUAAAUUUUAAAACGAACCACAGCAGGAACAACCACCACUCAAAACGGUGCCUUGAGGUGCACUCAGGGCUGGUCACAGCAAGGGAUCAUGUGCACGGGUAAGCAGAACAACAGCGGGGGUUACCUCGGUCAAACUUUUCCCCAACUUGCUUGAAAGGGCAUUGAAGAAAAGAUGCUUUCUUGAAGUUUUAGCCUUCAACCUGACACCAGGUGGGCUACGACGGAUGACUGACAAGCAUUGUCUGGGAUUUCUACGUCCAAUCAGAUGUCUGCGCUUCCUUAUGGCGGAAUUUCCUGUCUCGUGUGGAAGAGUGAAAGUCUGUCCUGAUUACUUUGUUCCAUUUGUAUUCAAAAAAAAUGUUGGGCUGCUGAUAGGGUUGUGAGAAAUGAAUGUUUCCAUCUGUGAUGUACAGCGUAAUUAGCAUCAUUGUACUCAUAUGUGUAAGUAAACAAUCAAGACUUGUCUGUAAAGAGGAUCAUAUUUUUCAUAUUAGAUUUAUAUUUAAACUCUUGUAGAAUAAUCCUAAAUCGACCCGUUUCAUCCACUGAUUAUGUUUCGGGAAGCAUGCCUCCUCCUGAACGAACGCUUUCCUUUCGGGAGAAGCUGCAUUGUGUGUGUAUAUCUACAUUUUGCUCCUCCUUUCAAUGUGGCAGAGACUCUACAGGAGGAACCAACAACUGCAGACCAAACCUCUGAAGGUGUUGUUUUAAAAUUAAUGGGAAAUCUCAUUGCAAAAUUUAUAGUAAAUUGCACACUUCAGGCUGUAUAAUUCAGAAAUUCUUGCUGUAUGAUUUUGUAAGGGUGAUUUAAGCCUCUUUCCAGUUAUAUUUCAGAGGUGCAAAACCGUGUCUAGAUUCUCUCGGUUGAAAGACGCUAUUUAAUGCUGAUGCUUCUUUAAAGGAGCAGAACUGACCUGGUCAUUCUCUAUGCUUACAGAGUGUGUUCCUGGUGCCUUUCUCUGACUUUCUCUCCACCCACUCCCAUUUUUUUCUUUGUGCAAACUGUUGAUAAUCCAUGUACUGCCUCUGGGCUUUGUACAGUACAUGUUCUUUCUAAAGAGUAAUACGAGGUGUUUUGUCCAACUCAGACGUUUGGUGUCUUUUUGCUUUGUUUAUCACUGUUGGCUCCGAUCUGAUUGGAAUAGUUUAAUCGCAUGUAAUUGUAUUUAAUCUGUUAUCCAGCGCUAACUUGAACGCAAUUUCAUUGCAAAUGUUUUAUCAAAAUGCAUUUAAUAAAAUCCGUGCAACUCGUA